UCCGCCAUUUAUAGGAAAUUGAGGAAGUGAUCAGAAAACUGCAUGAAUGUACAUUUCUUGAGGAAGGUAUCACUGAAAACGCCCCCAAAAUGGCCGGGAAUAUGGGGAUGGAACAGCUCAUCCCCCUUGUCAAUAAGCUACAAGAUGCAUUCUCUAGUCUAGGCGUCCCGUUGACGCUUGAUCUGCCCCAGAUCGCCGUAGUAGGAAGCCAGAGCGCUGGCAAGUCGAGUGUGCUCGAAAAUUUUGUUGGGAGAGACUUUCUUCCCCGAGGUAACGGCAUUGUCACAAGACGACCACUCAUCCUACAGUUGAUCAACUGUAAAACUGAAUAUGCCGAAUUCUUACACUGCAAGGGCCGGAAGUUCAGCGACUUUGACAUGGUCCGCAAAGAGAUUGAAGACGAAACUGACAGGGCUACUGGUGCGAAUAAAGGAAUAUCCUCGAUACCCAUUAACUUGAGAGUCUAUUCUCCAAAUGUUCUGAAUUUAACGCUGAUAGAUUUGCCAGGAAUGACUAAGGUGGCUGUUGGUGACCAACCCCCAGAUAUUGAGAUACAGAUCCGUAACAUGCUGAUGGAGUUCAUAACCAAGGAUAAUUGUCUUGUCUUGGCUGUUUCGCCUGCUAAUACUGACUUAGCCAAUUCUGAUGCUCUUAAAAUAGCGAAGGAGGUCGAUCCUCAAGGUAUCCGUACCAUUGGUGUGAUAACCAAACUGGAUCUGAUGGACGAAGGAACCGAUGCCCGGGAUAUCCUUGAGAACAAAUUGCUCCCGCUCAGGAGGGGCUACAUUGGUGUGGUGAACAGGAGUCAGAAAGAUAUUGACGGCAAGAAGGAUAUCAAGGCUGCCUUGGCGGGAGAGAGACAAUUCUUUCUUAGUCAUCCCUCAUACAGACAUGUCGCAGACAAAAUGGGCACGCCAUAUUUACAGCGGGUGUUGAACCAGCAACUGACCAAUCACAUCCGAGAUACACUCCCCCAACUCCGCAAUAAACUACAGUCUCAGCUCCUCUCGAUGGAGAGAGAUGUGGAGGAAUAUAAACAGUUUAGGCCUGAUGACCCGGCCAGGAAAACAAAAGCCAUGUUACAAAUGGUUCAACAAUUUAGUGUCGACUUUGAAAAAAAUAUAGAGGGUUCUGGCUCAGAGAUCAACACCAUGGAACUGUCGGGUGGCGCAAAAAUCAACCGAAUAUUCCACGAGAGGUUUCCAUUCGAAUUAGUCAAGAUUGAGUUUGAUGAGAAAGAACUUCGCCGUGAAAUUAGUUAUGCAAUCAAGAAUAUCCAUGGUAUUAGGACUGGUCUCUUCACCCCCGACAUGGCUUUUGAAACAAUUGUAAAAAGGCAGAUAGAGAAGUUAAAAGAACCAUCAAUCCGCUGUGUUGACAUGGUCGUCUCGGAGUUAUCUAAUGUAGUCAGGAAAUGUACAGAUAAGAUGUCACGCUACCCACGCCUGAGGGAAGAAACUGAACGUAUUGUCAACUCGCAUGUACGAGAGCGUGAACAGAGGACAAAAGACCAAUUGGUUCUCCUUGUCGAGAUACAACUUGCCUACAUGAAUACUAACCAUGAAGAUUUUAUAGGAUUUGCCAACGCCCAGAAGCAAACGGAAGGCAAUUCUGCUAAAAAACGACUUGGAAACCAGGCCAGAAUGCAGGUCAUCAGAAGAGGCUGGCUGACCAAUCACAAUGUUGGAUUCAUGAAAGGUGGCUCGAAGGAGUUCUGGUUUGUUUUAACUGCGGAGAAUCUCUCGUGGUAUAAGGACCAAGAGGAAAAAGAACAAAAAUAUGUCCUGCUUUUGGACGGUAUGAAGAUUCGCGAAGUUGACGGUGGAUUCAUGUCCAGUAAAAAGCGUUCGUUUGUUAUAUUUAAUGAGGAUAAACACAAGAAUGUUUACAAAGACUACAAAACCCUGGAGCUGUCCGCAGAAACGGUGGAAGAUGUGGACAGUUGGAAGGCGUCGUUUCUCCGAGCAGGCGUUUAUCCCGAGAAGUCACAAGAAGAACAGGAAUCCGAAUCGGGACACGGCGAGGAUAGUAUAGGCUCGAUGGACCCGCAGCUUGAGCGGCAGGUCGAGACGAUCCGUAACCUCGUCGACUCGUACAUGAAAAUUGUCAACAAGACAACCAGGGACAUGGUUCCUAAGGCCAUUAUGCAUAUGGUUGUCAACCACGUGAAGGAGUUCAUCAGUGCUGAGAUGCUGGCUCAUCUUUACUCUUCCGGUGACCAGGCGUCCAUGAUGGAAGAAUCGGCCGAGGAAGCCACAAAACGCGAAGAGAUGUUAAAGAUGUACCAUGCGACCAAAGAUGCCCUUAGUAUCAUCAGCGACGUGUCGACAAGCACAACGUCGGUCCCAGUACCUCCUCCAGUUAACGAUGAGUGGUUGAACGUUGGUGGCGGCAGGGCCAAUGGACCCCCAUCGCCGGUUCCAUCUCGACCAACCCGACCAGGGGGGACUGGGCCAUCACGCAAUCCUCCCGCUGCCCCUACCGCUGCUAGGGCAGCCCCCUCAGUACCAUCUCGGCCAGCUCCUCAGGUUCCAUCUAGGCCCGGUGGCAUACUACCACCUCCACUAAUCCCCAGGCCGGAUCCUCCAUACAAAAUAAAGAAAAAAUGAGUACCAUUCCUGAGUGAUUAGUGAGCACAUUUACUAAUUGGUGUCUCUUUCUGUCUAGCAGCAUGUACAUGUAGGGUGGUUGUAUACACAACAAUUUCUGUACUAUUUGAUGGAGUGAAAUUAUAACAAGUGUUGAUAUCGAAAUAUUUAAGAGAAAGUCCAAUACAGUUUCCUGAGAGUGCUGGAAAUACCAAUGUGAUGGCAUUUCGGCCUGAUUGUUUGGUCAAGUUUGGCAUCAACAAUAACUUGACGUUAUCUUCUACAGUAAGGCAAACCUGGGGACCUCAGGCGCUGAUGUUUCCACUGCACCAAUCUGACCACCCAAUUCUGUAGUAUCGGAUGUGGAAACUAUAUUGGGCUUUCUCUCCAUCGCUUACUAGUUAGUUUCUUGAUAAUAGGAUUAGGGGCUAAGUAGGAGAGAGUGCAGCAAGCUUUGGCUUUAGGACUUCUGAAACAACUAACCAUUACCAUCCAUUACGCAGUGGUCUUGGAUCAGUAAUGCAGACGCAUGUAGCAUCUUGCAACUGAACUCUUCAUUCCAUUUACAAUUCACUUCAGACUUGUCCAGAAACCAAAUUGGAGAACUUCUCUCGCCCUUUAAGCGCUUUGCUCUCUAAGCGGUGAUGUGUUAGUAUAGUGUUUUCUUUAUCUCUUGUUUUCAGCCGCCCGGGUGGUAACAGCAUGCCAAGGAUCCCAGAUCGGCCGUCUGUGCCCUCGCGACCGCAAUAGACUCAUUAGACAGACGAUAAAUGUGAUGUUAUGUUCGUUUUCCACAACUAGAACACAUUUGGUUUGAUGUCUAUCUGAGACCAACAUUACUCUCUUUGAAGCUUGACAUUUCUGGAGGGGUCAAAGGUUAGAUUCCUCGUCUGGACAACUUCCUUGGGGUUGUAAUUGAAAUGCGGCCACCAGCUGGUUGAAUUGCAAUCACUGCGACUAAAAUCGCUCCUUUGUGCGACGUUUAUGGACCCACUCCCUUCGAGAAACAAAAGACAUUCCUAGGAUAGUUAAAGGAAUUCCAAGAAAUGUCCUUGUUGUACUAUUUGACAGACAGAGGGCAAGGGCAGAUUAGUAUUUGUAUUGGUAAAGAUUAAAGUUUUUGGGAGUUAAAAUCUCAGAUGGACAUUCUAAAAUACCUUGGUACCGUAAAGUCAACUUUUAAAUGGAAAAUGCAUAAGCCUCGUUCUGAGAGUGGAGUGUUUUGGACACGCAACCAAGAUGCUCUACCAAAGUUCCCUCGGGUUGCACUAAAAUGUGGAACCAUGCACACAGCUCACUUCAGAAGUUUGAGGCUCUCAAAACACUGUUUCAAACACAAAUCAGCCAAGGAAGCAUCAACCACCCUAAGUUUUUUAAUGAGCACUCCACAUAUUUGCUGAGAAAAACGCUCCAAAUAGCCCAUUUGCGCGGAUUUUAGCGUCACUUGAGCGAGCCGAUCCGGACUUCCUAUACGGGCUGCCGUAACAUAAUGUAAACAACGGCGCUACCGGCGCUCCGGGCAGGCGAUGGAUGGAAUUUGCCAAAUUCGCACAUAUUCAAGUUAUUUCGUGGCCUAUCUUUUUAAGUUUGAGGUAUUUUAGAAUAGAAAUUGAACCCUCGGCUUCGGACCUUGGUUGAGUUACCAAGACACUCUCGGGUGGAGCUAAAAUUUCGUCCAAACCCUCGCCUGUCGGCUCGGGUUUGGACUGUAUUUUAGCUCCACCCUCGAGUGUCUUGGUAACUCAACCAAGGUCCUCCGCCUCGGGUUCAAUUCCUUAAUCAAAACUUACCUUGGGAGUCAAUAUAUCAAACUGGUUGAGUAAAAAUAAUUAUGAUAUCAUAAAUUUUAACCUAAUGAAUUUAUAUAUACCAAUACUGAUUAUAGUGAUCACAUCAUUCCAGGCCUAUAGAGGCUGUGUGGGUGUUAGCUGAGACUGGGUAGGCUCACGUAAGACAUCGGCUGACAUUUGUGGGAUAAAAUAUGCUUAUUUUCAGUGUAAAUAUUUUGAAUGCUUGAUCUAGUGAUCGAAAUAGGAACAUUGAAAUCGAGUUCUAUUUUAUCCGCAAAAGUCGUUCAAAACCAUAAUAUGUAUGCAACGAAAUGUAUAGUUUAGUAGCGUAUUUGUGCAAUGUGUGGCGAUUUAUAGUGAAGAUUUUUACUCCCUGUGUACAAGAUUGAAAGUGGAAUAGAAUUUUGUAAGAUUUCUUUGUGAUUGAUGUCUUUCUUGUAACUGGGGGAAAGUGCCAUUUUCAGGAUAGAUAGUUAUUUGGACAGUGAAAAAACCAGGAAGACAACAUAACCUAUUCCGUUAGUCUAAAGUUCUUCUCUGUCCUUAAAUGGUUUUGUGACGAGGCUUUGACACUUUGAUAUUGAAAAAUGCAAGUUGUAGUAACUGGAAAAUGACCUAGUGUCUGUGCUUGCAGCUUUGUAAAUUUGAUUUAUACGCUGAGAAGAAGGCAGUGCCGAUAAUUAUUAAGAAAUAUUCGACUAUUUAUAUUAGAACCGAACGCUAGAAUGUCUAUAUUUGUAAAGUCCAUCUUGACAGGUCAGUUGUGUUUGUGACACGUGCUCCGUACUAUCAAGAUGAUCUGAAUUCUAUUGGGUUCAUCACUUGUUCGUACAUCAUGUGUAUACAUCUGUGCAUACAUCCCGUGAUGUAUACACAUAUACAUGCACAUCACACAUUAACAUCAUGUGUAUAAUACAUCAUACGUACCUCACAUUGGUGUUGUGCUCCUGUAUCUUUGCAUUCAUAUCUUUGCACGUCUUUGUACACAUUACUAAUAUUCGGGCACACUACGUUGUUGUGAGUUUCGUCAUUGCACUUCUUGGCUAGGAUAUGGGUUUUUCUUCAGGACAGGUAAGGUGGAAGAUUCUCAAAAGGUUACAGAGUUUUCUCCAAUAAACUGUGAAACAUAUUGUUGACGAGACUAUUGAUGUCUCCUGGUGGUAAAUUAACCCUUUCACUGCGGGUGACGUGCAUGCCCAUCUAAAAUACAAAUUUACCAGCACGUGGUCACACCCUCUCUAAACACCCCUAAAACACUUGGGAAUAAUUAGUUUCAUCCUAAUACAUGAAUAGUAUAGGUGGUGACACUUUCGAAUAGUUUCGACCGUUCAGUUAAAAGUUAGCUCAGUGUUUAUUCAUGGUAUCGCCUGUUAGCACAUGGCGGCGAUUUAAUAAAACAUGUACGUAGCUGGCCUUGAACAUGCAUGAAUUGUGCAAACCGUGAAAAAAGAGCAAAUUAUUUCUGGUUGGAACAAAAAUUAGGUUAUUGAUGUGCAAAAUGUAUUCAAGAUUUGGACAGUUGUAAGUUAAUAAACAAUAACUUUUGUACACUUAUAAAAUUUGCUGUUCAUAUAUCAGUUUUGAUACAUACAGUGUUGUGUCUUAUGGUGUAGCAGUUUCAGGUAAAAGCAAGUCGAAUAGUUUCUGUUGUCUUGAAAUGGCUAAACUUUGUUGUUUGAAGUGAAGUACGUACUACACAGGGGUAACUAAUUUGGCAGCACUUCCUUGCUCUCCUAGUUAAUGACUGUUAGUAUGAAUAAUGGUAUGAUACCGUAGGAGCAUUCUAUGCAUAAACACCAUCGUCAGUUCAUUCAUUGGUGAAAAAUCGCUGUUAGAGUUCUCCACAGGGUUUUUUCAAGGUAGGGUGGCACCCUUGGACAAAAUUCUAGAUCAGGGUAGGGUGGUAAGCUGCCAAGUUAAUAGGGUGGGUCACCCUGACAAAAGACCUUGUUGUGGAGAACACUGACUGUCUGUCCUGAUAAAACCGUAUGUGCUCGGAGCCUCCCACACACAAAUGCCUUGCUGGAUAGUUUGAUUAGCAGUUGUACGGAAGGCCAUAUUUAAGAUAGAGUUUAGACAGUGUGUAAUCCUGCUUGUUGUUGAUAUACUCAUGAAACCUAUACUGCCUGGUGUAACUUUUACUGAUUUUGCUUUUUUUUGGUCUGGUGUCCUCUUGUUAGUCUCAACUCUGUAGUCCUGUUGGGAACAUCUAUUCAGGUAUAGGGACUUCGGCUACUUUAAGCUAUGGCAAAGAGGUUCUCAUGAAGUAAAAAAGACCAGGGUCAAUAUUUGUGGACUGUUAGGCCCCGUUCGUUGCCAUGGACAUUGUUGAAAUGUGUUAAAGGGAGGCUAUAGCCAGGAACAUGGAGGGCCAGUUAAGUAACAAGAAGUUUCUGUGUCUCUACUAUAUCGCAGUACAUCAAUGCCUGCUCUAUUCGAGGACCAGUACACGUUUUAGGUUACUUGGGUCUGGUUUGACAUCAACACAAUCAACUGGACCCCCAAGCUCCUGUCUAUAACAUGCAUUUUAAGAAUCGACCCAACUUAUGACCAUAACCAAUCAUUUGAAAAUUUGUGAUGGUACCAUUUUUUUGGUGUCAUUGUUCCUUAUUGAAAUUGUUCAUUUCUGUAACUUUCAUUGAAUAUCUGGUCAUGAAUAUAUAUUUGAGGACAUUGAAAAAUCAGCAAUCCCUGAAAGAGUGUUUAGAACACCAGCACAGUGUCUCUCAUUUGGGUCCGUGUCAUGACCCCCCCCCCCCCCCCCAACACUCCUCUCUUUGAGUGUGUAUGUAAUUAAGUAAUAAAGAUGGUAGUUGUACCGGUAACCAUAGUGAUAUGUUAAUACAUGGAUGUACAGUUUGAUUACUGUAUAGAGUUGUCAAUAUGGAAAUAAAUAUGAUGUUUUUGCUAA